UCAAUAAUCGUCGUACGUGUUGUCCAGUUGAUCGGAAGAAAGAGCAAAGUUGAAAAUUAGCGUGUUUACAGCGUCGAAUGCAAGGGAUACGCGUGUGUAAAUUAAAGGAGGAAGGUCCGAGGGUUGGUCGAAGGGGGAGAGAAAAAGAGAAACGACGGUUCGAGUGGAAGGGGAACACGAGGCGGUCGGGCUCGAUGCACUCGUCCGUCUAUUUAGUCGUUGGUCGUGCGCGCGCCAUGCUGGAUAGUAGGCAGCGAUCGUUUACACUGCGUUGUUACUGCGGCCACCAAACGUGUUCCUCGUCUCCUCAUCGACGCGUUAAUUAAACACUCUUGUGCGCUCGCCGCGAUCGUUGACAACGCGGCGUGGGGGGGUUUGGGGGGGGAUUCUUCGGUUAAAACUCGGGUGAAGAAAAUCGGGCGAAAAAAACGUUCGUGUCCAUUUCUAAGCGCGCACGAGAAACUACUACUUACGCGUAUAAGUGUGCGUGGAAGUAUAUAUAUAUAGUCGAACGACGACGAGUGAGGAUCUUCGGUGUUGUUGUUCGUUAUAUGGAAUAAUCAUCUUUCUCUCUCGAUUCGUUGUUGGAAAGAGUGAGUCGAGUGGUACAAGUUGUCAAGGGAGAAAGAAAGGAAGAGAGGAAGAAAGAGAGGCCGUGUGUUGUGAAACGAACGAAUUCUCGAAAAUAGUUCUACGAAGAAGGGGAGGGGGGGGGAACGCAACGGGGAGUUAAUAAAGUUAAUUUCGAUGUCGUGCCACUCGAAUCGAGGCUUUCUAGAACGGGUUAAACGGGAAGAGGUCGACGAGAACCGUGGACGAGAGAAUUGGCCGACGAUAUUCGUCGGUCCGCUCGUUAACCGCUCGUCGAAGGCAAAAGCCGGUUGAUAACGUUAUCUGUUUGCAAUAAUUACAGUCUGUAUCACGGCCGGCCAUUGUCGUCGAACGAGUGGAGGCCUGCCGUCAAAGAAAGCUAGUGACCGCUAGUGUCAACAGGUGAUACGUGAUCACGAUCGCAAAGAGAAGAGGACGAAAGGAGGAACGGAGAAGCGAUUUAUCGAUCGGAAUCUGACGUCUGAACGAAAGCAAGAUAGAAAAAGUUGUAUACACUCGGUUCGGUAUAUAGAAGCGGGAUCAAAAGGAUCAAUCGAAACGAGACAGCGUGUUCUGGCCAUUGGAACGUUUGGUCAUGCGAUAAGGUCAGGCCUCGCGUGUACCACGAGACAAGAUAGAGUGAUAAAAUUUAAACGUAAAGAGAGUGGAAAGGAGCCUCGUCUGGCGCCUUGUUCCUCGCUAAAGUGACGCGUCGCCUUGGCCAAUAAAACGACAGACGGUCUAAACUGAACGGAAUCGGCAGCUGCUCUCCCGGUGUGCGCCUCUCUCGUUCGUUGGCCCCGUCGUUUUAAUUUCAGCCGGAGUCAGCCUCUAAGACCCGAGUAGUGGUCAACUUGUCGAGUUGAAAAAGUGUUUCACGGAGAUAAAGAGAGAGCGGGGGGGUCUUUUAAUUCGUAAUUCUCGUUGUAAAAGAGAUGCUCGUUCUAUUUCUCCUCCUCUCUUUGGAUACGUAUCGAUACCGGUGAAACGCGAGGAUCUAUCCUUGGACGAUGAUUCGUAGGAACUGAUCGACGCGAGGAGGAGAAGAAACAGAGGAUUGGUCAAGAUGAUGAUGGCACCGCAGAUCGUGGGUGUCCUGCUGAAGAAACCGGGACAGCAGAGCCACCCACGCUUUCCACCGUUGGACCCACAAGAGACGAAAAUAAGAGAAUGUUUGACGACGAAGGGGGAAAGAAAGAGAGGGAGGAAAAAGUAAAUAUAUAUUUGAAGAGUGGAGUAGGUGUUUCUGAUGCGAUGAUGCAUCAUCGGUCGGAUAAAUAAUUCAUGGCGGUAAAAAAAAAAAAAAAGAAAAAAGAAAGAAAGAAAGAAAGAAAAAAAAGGAAGGUUUCAGCCUGGGGCCCCGCUCGACCAGGAUGAUCGUUCCGGGACUGACAGGAGGCAGAUGAGCGUGAAGGAACGAGGCGAGCUAUACGUGGAGGACCUAGGCGAGAGGCGGAUCGUUUCCAUCAGAAUGGGAUGGCUUUGGGUCGAGGGUACCCCGAUGAGGCUUCCAUUGAGGGCGUUGAACCUACGCCAAGCAGCACCCACUGUGUGUCAACCGCACGCACUGGCUCUUGGGUUCACGUUGAGCAACUCGCAGGAUCAGAUGCUCGCUACUUUUUGGGCAGAUUCGGAGGCCAUCUAUUGGUCGUGGGUGAGAGCGAUCGCGGCAGAGUUGGUGAGGCAAACGCCGUUUCGCGCUCAGAGGUGUUUGAACUUUCUCGAGAUCCUGACCAUUUGUCCAAGGGGGCCCGUCCCUCUUCCGGACAGCCCCACCGAAUCGAGGAGACGUUCGAGGAGCGAGUUACGCUGUUGGCCGAGCGACUCCCCCACGGAGAAAAGUUCGAGGAGCGCGACAACGAUCCUGGAGGAGUCGAGGAGAAGAGCGAGAAGCGAGUUGAGGGGUUGGUCCAGCAGCAAUUCGAGCGACGAGGACCUCCUCGGCGACUUUCGAAGCAUACCAGCGAUAAUAAGCAAGGAGCAGCCGAUGAGCCGAACGUGGGGUUGCAGCGAGAGCAGCGAGGGAAGCGACGACAGCCUUCCUUGGAGCGGGGUGUGCCGUUCGAGCGUGGACCCGGCCGUCUCCCUUCCCGAGCCCGAGACCAGAGAGCAGAGGAUUCAAAGGUACAAAGAGGCGAGGAGGCGAGAGAACGAGGCCAGAAGCAGAAGGGUCCUCGAGGAGGACGCGAGGAGGCGGAAAGCACGAGCCGAGGAGAACAACAACGACAUCCUGAAGACGUACGGGUGUUCGAGCAGAUCGAGCAGGAAUAGGUUCUACGACUCUACGAACGACAACGACAAUUACUGUUUCACGAGGAAGGAGAACGAGGAGCACGCCAGAUUGAAAAACGAGAGGAAUAUAGGCAGGUUACCACCCGUGAAACCGAACGAGUCACCGUUGGUCAGAUUCGAGGAGGAUCGUCGGAACGAGGAUGACAAAAGGAACAACAACACCGCCAGGAAUGGGGGCACCAGUCCUGGGAUACUGAGGGCGGACACGAGCGAGAGGAGAAGCCGCGCCAGGGAGAGGAGAAGCGCGAGGGAGAAGAGCCAGUUGUCCCAAACGACGCAGCAAUUUACCAACACCACGGUGUUGGAAACGCUCCAGGAGCGCAAGGAACGACUGGCCCAAUUGUCCUCCAGAAUCCCGGUGCCCCGCCAACUGUUACACGUCUCGAAAUCGAUGGAGAAUUGGAGCUCGAGCUCGGGCGUGGCCAGAACGCCGUCCACCUCGCUCUCGAUCCUCGCCGAGCCACCUUGCGAGGAGGACGUGGCCAGACUUUUGGAACGGUGUCAAAGGGUGGACCAUUACGUGCCUGUGCGGGAGAAACUGACGUUGUUCGAGUCGUUGUCGAGGCUGGGCGGCCGGUUGGCCAGGAGCACCGAGGAUCUCGGUCGAACGUCUUCGAAGCCGAGCCCCAGGGGGAAGCAACGCGCCAGAUCUCUUCACGAUCUGAACAGGGGAGCGAGGGCCGUCCCCGUAAGAGAGAUGUGCCGAUUCUUCGAAGGGGACGUGGAGCAGGAUACGAGUCAGAAAUCUUCCCUGGCGAAAACGAGGUUUAGCGAUCCCGUGACACCGACCAGGACCGCGUGGAAGGAUCCAGCGGCGAGUUCGAAGGGCAGCAACGAGCCCGCGCCUUGCAUCAGGUCGUCGACCAGAAAGAAACAUUAUUUGAAAUAAUCGUCGCCUCCCUUUCGCGAAUCGACACUCCUCUUCGGAGCCUUCUCGAUCCGGGCUCUCUCUGCGAAUCCUCUAUAAUAAUACAAUAAGUAGCGAAAGCGGGUCUUUCCCAAAAAUCGGCGCGCUCCGAUCGAUGAAAGAAAAAACGCGUCGGAAUUGCUUCCUCGCGAUUUCUGAAGAUUCUUUUUUUCGAUGUAAUAGCAAAGAACAGAAGUCGUUUUAGAAAGGAUCGAUAUCGAUUUAGACGCGAAUUCCGCUCGUCGCACGAUGGAUCCGUCACACUCGCGUCGAGAGAAAGUCGCUGCCUGGAGCGGUAUUUUUUUUUUUUUUUUGCUCUCCGGGAUUGUGCUCGAUUCGAGGCCUCGAAUCGAGGGAGUGUGCAUCCCUCGUGACGCGAUGCGCGCGCGAACGAAGGACGACGAACAGGAAGAGAUUCGACGUUUUUUUAUAUCAAUCCGUUUCGUCGAUUUUUCCUUAUUUAUUUGUAUUUUCGUUUCGUUUUUUUUUUUUUUUUUUUUUUUCGUACGAGAUUCCUCGUCGAGUCCACGAGAGCGUGUUCGAACGAACGUGAUUCGACGUCACGAAAUAAAGAGUGCGUCGAAUCGAGAGACGAAGAGAAAGAGAGAGAAAGAGAAAAGAGAGGGAAUAGGAGAAACCGGUAAUUUCCAUUCACCGAACGACUGUCACACACCGAACACCUGUCGAAUGCAACCCGAAGGCGAUCUUCGAUUUCUCGAUUAUAUACCCCGACCGACUCGUGGAAUCGUCAAUAACCGAGGGAACGAGGAAAAAAAAGAAAAAAAAAAAAAAAGAAAAAAAAAAGAAAAAAAAAGGAAAAAAGAAAGAAAAAAAUAGAGAGACCGAACAAUUCACGUGAAUCGAUUCCGAGGAGCUAGACACGCAUCGAAUGAAAUAAAACGUUAAGUCGUAAGCGUUAUUCUGCUAUAAAAGUUGCAAUCGUAUUAUCUGUUAUAUAAAUAGUUGUUAACGAAGACGUUAGAAGUUUUCUAAAUGCCUGGAGGCAAUUAGAGAUUCGUUUUGUACAUAAAUUAUUAUCCUUCUUUUUUUUUUUUCUUCUUUUUUUUUUUUUUUUUUCACGCGUACCUGAAUCCGAGAAACAAGACGGGGAAAAAAAAAGUGGCGUUUAAUAAUUCGCUCGCGUUGUAAAUAAUUUAUCUCGUAGUUAAAAAUGGCCGGGAGAACGGUAGCCGAAGCCUAUCGGUCGGAUCUCGAACAUCCGUUUCAACGAGCGGCGCAUCAACUGCUAAUGUCGACUUCCGUUUUGCUCUUCCAGUCGGGACGAACAUCUCCAUCCCUGUUUCUCCCCUGCUCUCUUUCUCUCUCGUCCUUCUUUUUCUCUUCGAGUUCAAUUAGAUCAUGCGAACCCUGAACAAUCGUGGCUCCUUUUUUUUUUUUUUUUUUUCUUUAUCCGUACCGAUAAUCGCGUUAAAGGCCAGACGGAAAAAAAAAAAAAAAGAUAAGAAGAAGGAUGACUUUUAACGACACGAUGACGAUGCGAAUAUUUUUCGAAGAGCGGAAGAGGCGGCUGCUCCUAUCACGAUCUAUCGAUUAUUAUUAUUUUUAUUAUUAUUAUUAUUAUUAUUAUUAUUAUUAUUAUUAUUAUUAUUAUUAUUAUUAUUAUUAUUAUUAUUCGGCGAGUCGAAUCAUUUAUUAUUACGAGGGGAUUAAUUAGGAACGCUGAAUAACCAAGUGCCAAAUGAAAUGAAAAAGGUAAAAAAAAGAAAAAAGAAAAAAGAAAAAAAAACAGGUAUAUCACGUUACUUUUCUCGAGAAACGCGUGAAAAUGCAUAGAAUACACACGUGGUUGAAAUUUGUAAAUACUUCGUUCGUACGUAUAGGAUUAAGAGAGAUUGAUUAUAAUUUUUCUGUUCCGUGUUUCGUGUCUUUCGGUUAUUUGAGAUCGCGGGAAAGUUACGUAAGAGUUACCUUUCCCGCGAUCUACGAAACGAUUAUUUAUUUACAUAUGUGUAUAAGAAAAGAUAAAAAAAUAUAUAUGAUUAUUAAGAUUA